CAGACCCCGCCCUCUUAUGGGCGGAGCUCCCUGCGCUGCUUCCGUGUACUAUGGAGAAGGAGGCCGGGGUGUGGGAGCUGCUGGAGCGGGUGCCUAUUGACUGGUCAGAACCAUGGAUAAUUGGACUUUUGGGUUUCCACCUGCUUUUCUUCAUACUAACCUGCAUAUCCUUCAAAUGCUACAAACUCCAGAUCGCCCUCUUCUUUCUAAUGGUGGGCCUGGUUAGCUGCGCUGAAUACAUCAAUGAAGUAGCUGCUGUGAACUGGAAGUUGUACUCAAGGCAGCAGUACUUUGAUUCUUCAGGAAUGUUUAUUUCCUUAGUGUUUUCAGCUCCGUUGUUGUGCAACACCAUAAUAAUUGUGGUCCAUUGGGUGUAUAAGACAUUGUCUGUAAUGACAGAACUUAAGACUCUACAGAAGAAAAGAAAAGCGGCUAAAGACAGUAAGAAGGAGAAGUGAUCAGAACUGUUUUAUCGGACAAGCUGUAUUUCUACAAUGACCACUAAUGUUAAAAACCACUUAUAUAGAAUAUUGAUGGAAUCACAUUGAACGCCCAUACCCACGGACUUCUAUAGACUUCUCCCCGGAUUUUAUCUGUCAGUUUACAUUCCAGAAAGAUAUGAAACCUGGUCCCCCUAUACAGCCUACGAACCCCCCUAUUCCUGGAAGUGAGAUUCCAAGCCACUCAAAGGUGUUUUACCUGUAAAUACAAUUGAGUUUCUGUUUAUUUUUAAUUUUUUGCAAGCUCAUUGUCAUUAUAUUGUAUUUUUAAAAUAAAAUCUAAAAAGGUGAAUAAAGUGUAUAUGGCCUG